AUGGACCACGACCGCAGCAUCGGGAGCGUCUCGCCGCACCGAUCAGUGGCCGGAUCGAGAGGUCAAAGUCCUACAACUCCGUACUGCGGAGUAUGCUACUUUCGCUUGCCCCCGGGUGCCCUUUCCUUCGAGACGCACGAUGGCGGGGCGUUUGCGCCGGAGGAGCCGGAGUCUUUCUAUCAUUCGACACCGCGCGACCGCAGUGAACCCUUUAUAGAUGGGACUAGGAGCUUUUAUAAGUCUGAAUAUUAUAGAACCAAUUGGUUCGCCUUAUCAGCGGGUUGUGGCUGUACCACCUGUGCUGCCCUGCGCGACGUCCUUGCCGAGCAACACCCAUCGCUAUUCGCUAGUAGGAGCGGUAGUAAAACGAAGGACCAAAGCAACUACGAACCUGUAUAUUAUUGGCUCUUUGACUCGGUUAAUAGUGCUACGCGGCUGCGUAUAUUGAACAGUAUUACAACAAUUACAUACCACCUUCUCUUUACGCCCGCUACUAAGUACGCCAAGUCGUUGCCGUUGCCUACAGAGUCCGCACAAGUUAUCCCUUUCAGAGACUUUCCUUCCUAUGAUACGGCCAGCGAUACCGCUCUUUCUCGAGUCAAAACGUGGCUAGCCGAAUGCACAGCAAAUCAUACGCCGUGCGGUGAUGGCGGCGAGCCGUCUAUACUGCCACGACGGGUUCUACGUAUUACCGACGACGACGAAACAGGGAUCAUGCUGAAGCUGGUCGACGGGGCGGGCCUCAAGGAGCCGUAUGCGUGCCUAAGUUACCGUUGGGUCACAAAGACGCAGUCGCUGCAGCUUGGGAAAGACACCGAAAAACAGUUCCGGGAAGGCAUCACUAAGGAACAGCUGCCUCGACUAUUUACGGACGUACGCAACGUCGUGCGCCGUCUGGGUUUGCGCUACCUGUGGAUCGACAGCCUAUGCAUCCGGCAGGACGACUUACACGACUGGCGCACCGAGGCUGCUGCUAUGGCUUCCAUCUAUAGCGGCCUUUGGACCGCCUCGGAACAAGCUUGCUAUCCGGUCACGGUGCAGAAGUGGGACAUGGAGUUUCUUGGCCCGGACGACUUUGGCCACGUAAAACACGGACGUUUAACGGUCACAGCGCACGUCUUUUCCGCCACUAUCCAUUACGGAAAGGAGGAUUACGAAGCCUGUGACGAGGCACCUCUACAUCCUAACUUCCGGCGAGAGGACGGUACCAGCGAUACCGUUAGCUCAAGCAGAUUUGUCCCACCGCCUCUGUCGCAUAACGGCCAAAACUGUCUAAUAACCAAGUAUGAAUUUAUGUUGGUGGUAGAUGGCUACGCCUUCAAGUGGACCCCCGACUACACACUGCAGAUGCCGGGCGAUGGUUAUGUGGCAUCGGGCACACCGGUGCGCUGUCUCAUCCUAAGCAGAAAAUUUGUGCUUGUCGCACGCUGCGUGGAUGUGGCUCAGGGCUACUACGAGCGACUAGGUUGCUAUCUCAAGGAGAACGGCUUCAGAUGGAAGAAGGGCCAUGGGUUUUCUCUAAGUGAUAAUAUGACGACUGAGUGGAUAAAGAAUUCGGUCAUGGAGGGCACUGUACUCGUUUAA